GUCUCCGGAGCCCGGCCGGGAGCGAGGAGCGGCCCGAGAAGCGGCGGCGGCGGCGGAGCUCCGGAGUCCGGGCUGCGAACCGAGACCAUGCCGUGCCGGAGGGAGGAGGAGGACGAGGACGACGAGGCGGCGGCGGCUGGAGAGGAGGAGGAGGACGCCGAGGGGGAGGGGGAGGAAGAAGAGAGCUUCCUCCUGCUGCAGCAGUCGGUGACUGUCGGGGGCUCGGGGGACGUGGACCGGCUGGUGGCCCAGAUCGGGGAGGCGCUGCAGCUGGACGCGGCGCGCGGGAGCCGGCCCGCCCCUCGGGGGCCCCUGACGUUCAAGCAGCAGUCGCCGCCGCCGCUGCGACCCCCGGUGCUGCAGCUGCUGCUGCCUCCGGGGCCGGCUCCGGCGGCCCUGCAGCCCUCGGGACCGCUGCAGUGCGCGGGGAACGGGACCCGCGCUGCCCUGUCGUGGGCGAGCGACGUGGGCGCCACCUCGCAGCCUCCGCCGCGGGCGCCGUCGGGUCCCUGCGCCCCAGAGGGGGCCCCGGCCCGGAGCAGCGCCUGCGGUCCGCACUUCUGCAAGCGGGGCUUCCCGCAGCCGCUGCCUGGCCCGUGCCGGCGCGCCUGGCUUCGGGGCGCCGCCGCCUCCCGGCGCCUGCAGCAGCAGCAGCACCAGCACCAUCGGUACCGGUACCGAGGGCAGCCGGGACUCCGGGCCGGAGAGGAUGACCCCCACCAGUUUCUGCAGCAGCUUGUCCUCUCGGGGAACCUCAUCAAAGAGGCCGUGCGACGACUUCAUUCCCGGCGCCCCAGGCAGCCUUUUCGAGCUAGGGCGCCUUUGCCCCCAGCACAGGUCCGCCCUCUGCCUUUACCCCUGGCUGUUCAGGAGUCGGAGGCAGAAGGGACUCUUGCUCUCUGCAGUCCUCGUCGACCAGCUUGCUCUAACCCGGAGAGCCUCCGGGGCCAGCCAGUUUACAGACUUGGAGAUGGCAUCUUGGUCCCAAGCAGCUAGUGAGUCCAUCAGGUUCAGGGGCAAGAAGAGGGGAGGCUGAGAACCGAAAGCCCCAGCUCCAGAGACUGACAUAAAUGAACUUGAAAUGGGGAACAGGGGUUCGAAGGCAAGGAGGAAAGACGGGGGUACCUUUUUCGAGGUUAUGGGAUGGGGAAGGGUGAUGUGGAACAGAACUAUAGGCCGUGGAUCUGGGUGGUUUGUGGGGGAUUGCCUGGCAAAGGCCUCUUCGGGCUGAAAAUUAGACCCCCUCGGUCUAGUCUAAUUAGGAUGAAUAUAUCCUAUUUAUAGACAGACUACACUACUGACCCAAGAGCAUCAGUAGAAGAUACUCUUUAAUUUGUAAUUAGUGGUGCUGACUUGCACUGAGCCAUCCACAGCACAUUAGCCUUGUUGCCAUGUGACCAACAGCUCACCGUUUUAGACUCCUCAACUGGCCACCUCUGUGGGUGCCUCUGGAACAGAGUUGUUGUUUUCUCCUGUGUGCAAUAUUAACUGGCCUUUUAAUAGGAGUUACAUCUUCCGUCCUGGCCUCAUCAGCACAGGUUCUAUCCUACUGAGCUAACCAUUAGGGGUGAACUCAGAAUGGAGAAUUAUUCCAGUUACCUGCUUUGACUUGACCCAGUUUGUUUUCACUACUGGUAGUUUCUCUUUGACUGUUUUUUUUGUUUUUGUUUUUGUUUUUUGAGGUUUUUUGGAGGGAGGGGGUAGAGUGGGAAUGGGGAGAAGGAUUUGACAGUAGCAAGAAGAAACAAGGUGACUUAACCUGACCUGAAAACUUGGUAGCAUUUUCCAAACUAGAUUUGGUUCUUCUGAGUUCUGGGUUCUUACUGCUUGAACACAAAUCAACUUCAGUAAAUGUGAGAAGAAAGAAAAUGAGUAAAGCCUGGGUGGAGUGGCUUUAAGCAGAUUGCCUGCCAACCUCCUCUUUCUGCCCUUGCAUUUCAACAGCCUGAUGUUUCUAAGACUAAAUGGAGAAUAUUCACACCAGGUCAUGGUACGGAAUGAGAAGGGGAAGGAUUUGUUUGUGGGGAAGGAAGAAUUCUCAACUCCACACACGGUGCUGUGGCUCUCUGGGCAAGGGAGUGACUGUAUAUUCUGCACCUCCUCCAAGGGAGCCUUGUGUUUUCAAACUGCUGAGAGUCUCCUGAGGACAUGCACCUUGUGCUUGUAUCUACUAGUUGGGAGUAGGGAGCUACUACUGUGCAUGUGUGUGUACACGUGUGUGCACAUGUCCACCGGCUUGUGUGUUGACACUGCUCCCGAUUUUACUGCUCCUGCCUUUUUUGGCUAGGGAUCAAGAUGCCUUAGUUCCUGUCGUAAUACUGCAGUUCACUAAGGUUUCCCUUCUUUCCAGGCCAUUCUUCCUUUCUUGUUUAUACUUUCAGGGUGUUUUUUAGGGGUCUCAGCAUCAAAGAAAAGAGGCCCAGUUGAAUGUAUUUGUCUUUGAGGCUAUUUUGUGCCAUCUCCUUCAGCUCCCCUGAAUGAAGGGGGUUUGUUUCCUCCUCUCUCCGUCCCAUCCCUCACUUUUUUUUAGUGAAUUCAAUAUUCUGAAAAUGUGACCCUCUGUGUAGAAAACUGCAAACAUCUUCCUUUAAGGUGGCUCAAAUGUUUGGUUUUUGUUCUUUGAAGUUUCAGUGGCUUGGUCAUCAUUUAGAUGUGGCUAUUGAUGUAUGUGGAUACACAUACACUCCUCACACACAUACACUUCGCAGCGGAGUGUCUGAAAUUGUGAUGGUCCUGAUUUAUAGGAUUCUAUCUUUACUGAAGUAUCUAUGUUAAAUAAAGUUGUUUUUUUGUUUUCUGUU